ACCAGACUACCAAAGAUCUAAACCAGAUGGUAUACAUAUUAGCCACUCUUCCCAGUUUAAGCACUUAAACCAACCUUUGAAAAUGCCCACCACCACCGUCUUCUUCCUCCUCCUCCUCUUCUCCGCCGCCACAAUUCUCCUCAGCUCCGCCGCCCCUAUCCCCGGACUCGACUCCUUCUUAACCCAACAAUCCCGCAUCGACCCCAAAUCCACAAAUGACCCUUUCCAAUCCCUCCCUUCUUCCCUAAAACAAUCCCUUUCUUCUUCCUCCCCUGGCCCUCUCCACAUCCCUUCCUUGAUCUCCUCUCUCCUUUCCCUUUCCGUCCCAAUCCCUCUCCAUAUCCGCCUCGUUGGCCCCAAUUUCUCUUCCUCCUCCAGUUCCCUCCUCACUUCCUUCCUCCAAUCCUCCGUCACCUCCUCCCACUUCCACCUCAUCUCUACUUCUCCUUCUCCUCCUCCUCCUCCUCCUCCUCACUCGCUUUCCAUCAGCCACUCCCUCCAUUUUGACGUCUCUUUGUCUUCUUCCUCUCUUUCAUCUUCUCUUUCCGCCGCUAUUUCCUCCGCCCUUUCCUCCUCUCCUUCCUCCCUCCGUACCCAUCUCCUUUCCAUCUCGUAUGCCACCGUCGACUCCAUCAUUUCUGGCCAUUUCGACUCCGAGAAAACUGAAAAUUCCGUUUACAUCUAUAUCCUCAAUCUGGGUGUCACCUCCAAGCAACCUUAUGCAUACUCUUACUAUCAUGCCGAUUCCUCCGCAGGCUACACUAAUUGCUUGGGGUCUCUUUGGACCGGCAGUAAAAGGUAUCUUUGGAUUGAUCUCGGGGCGGGUCCGGUUGACUACGGGCCGGCUUUAUCUGGUGAUGGGGUACUACCUAGAGGUGAGUUUCACCCUUUAGCAGCUUUACAUGGAAGACCCAAAUCCGAUAAAGCCUUCCUCUCGGAGUUGGCUUCUUUGAUAUACAGUGCUUAUCAGGUACUUGUUGUUCCUCCUCUGAGAAUUCCUGUUCAUUUUGAGAAUUCUUUAACCGUUCAGCUUAUCCAUAUUCACCGAUCUGGAAGUGAGGAUUUAAGUGGUUUGGAGUGGAAUGUGAUUGAAAAAUCGUUUCGUGAUGAGGCAAAUGAUGGUGAGUUGUUGUUCGGAAGUCAGAGUUUAGAGUUCAAAAAGUAUAGCGUUAAGUAUGAGGAGUGUUCGAUUUGUUCUUUUGCGGUUUCUAGGUCGACCAACUCGUUUACUUCGAGGUUUCUGUUCGAUAACUAUACUUUGAUUGUGAACGAGUAUUUGGAUUCAAAACGAUUGCAUCAGAUAUUGUCUGAUUCGGCAGAGGAGUUUAGGAGGGUUGCAGCCUUGCCCGAGGAGGACUUUGGUAGUAGGGUACUUCCUGUUUAUGUAUUUGACUUGGAUUAUCAUACCACUUUGUUGCUUGAUCGGUAUCAUCAGACUAUUGCAUUUAGAGAUAUGGUUAUCGCUGUUAGGACAAAAAUUGCACAAACAGUUGGUGAUUACAGUUGUAACGGUCGUCAUGUUUUUACUCGUACAAGGGAGCUGCAGAGGCCACUUGUUGGUUCGAUUUUACAGAGUAUGUGGGGAGUGUCGCCUACUCAUUUGAUAUGGAGCCCUACGCAUAAUAGUACUCUGGUGGAUUACACAUGGAGUGUUGGUCAGACACCUUUUGGACCAUUUUCAGAGGUUUCGUCGUUGUCUUUUGUGCAGAAGGAUGCAGCUCGGAGAAAUUUUAUCUUGACGUCAUUGAAUUAUAGUUUAACUAGUGCUAUUGAUGUUCUCGAAUCUAUUGAUGCACAAGGUGGGGAUAGAAAUCUUCUUAAACAGAAGCAGAAUGUUGAGUUCAUACAGAGAUGGAACUUGUUUAGGUACAAGCUGGACAAAACAGUUUCCUCUUUGUCACAUUUUGACUUUGAGAUGGCAUUCUAUUACUUGAAGUCCUCAGAUCAUGAUCUCUAUGCUAUUCAUGAUCUUGUUUACAUUGCAUCACAAGAGAUUGAGGCAUCACUUGUUUGUUUCAAGGACCCACAAUUCCCAUGGGCUGCAUUAUCAUUUUCUGCAGUUGUUUUCCUUGCCCUCUCUUAUGUUUACGCAAAAAGAGAGAAACUUUUCAGAAACAAGAGGAAGCGAUUUUGAAAGUUAAUGAAACAAAUUCUGUAUCAUUUGAACUUAAUAAAGCACAUGUAUUCCUGUGAGAAUGGUAAGUCCCAAGAUCGAAGCAUAGCUUUACUCAAGACUUUCAGAAAUUUUAAAGAGAAUUCUGUUUCGUUUCUCAUAUUUUGAUGGCUGCAUAACCUGUCAAAAUGCUAUAUUUUCCUU